AUGGAGCAUAUCGCUAAUAAAUCUCAAUUUGAAACAAUCAUUAAACUUAUUAGAGGAACAUACUAUUGGUUAGUUUAGGAAAAAUUUCUAAAAUUAUUCAAAUCGGUUUUUCAGGGGAGAAUGGACCAUGGAGAAUGAUCAAUUCCAUUUGGUAAAGAUGUCGUCUGAACAAUUGGAUUGUCAAGGAUCCAAACUUAUUGUCUUAAUGGAAGAAUCAUUGAAAAAUCUCAUUGGAGUUAUUAAAGUAAGUAUUAAGAGUUAUUUAUUCUAGAAAAGAACUCAUUAUAUUUCAGAUUGAUCCAAAUAUUUGUUAUGAAGACAAUUCAAAAUUUGUCGAUAAAUGCAUGCAAGUGUGCGAUCAUUAUGAAUUGAUUAUUGAAAUGCACCAAGAUACUGGAUCAACAUUAUUCAAUUCUGAUGAAACGGUUCGAAAUCCGGUACGUUUAUACUUUCAUCAAAAUGUUUAAUAGUGCAUUUUUUGAAAAAUCAAACCGUCAUUAGAAUUGAAUAAAAAAAUUAUAUUAUUGCAACAAAUUUCCAACUUUCUCAUUUUCCAGUUCUCACUUUUCCAAUACAGGUCGGAUCUUAAAACAAAAAACAUUUGAGACUAAAAAUUCAAGAUUUUCAAUGAAAUUGACAUUUUAAAAUUUGGAACAUUUGAAAAUUUGGAAUAAAACUACAAUUAUGAAAAAGAGCAAUGUUCCGUUUCCCAUCCGCCAACAAAAUCAUUUAUUUUCCAGACAUUGUUAUCUGCAAUCGAAAGACGUGAAACCGUCCAGCCAAUUGAACAACAAAUUGGACAAAUUGACAAAGAAGAAUUUUAUAUGUCACUUGUUGAUCGAACUAUGAGUGUUGAACAAAAAUUGGAGCAGAAAUUGAAUCAAAACUCGGAAAUGGAUAGAUUGAAAAAAUUAUUCAACCAAAAAGCAACAAUAGCGGAAAAAGUGAGUUUACUUUCGAAUAACUAUGGCCAUUUUUUGAAUUGGUCUGAAGAAAUUGGGCCAGGUUUAAUUAAGUGAAUCCGAUUUAGAAGGAUUUUUAAAACGAACCAUGGUGAAAUAUUUUCAAUACAUUUUUUUCGCACCUGGCCCGAUUCAAAAUUUAUUUUGCCAAUUAAAAAACAAACAUUUUCAGAUGGAUAUUGUUCGGAUGUUGAAGAAAGCGGAUUGGACUCUAGAGGACAUGGUUUAUGUCGACCUCAAACCUCGAUUGGGAAAUAAUAUUUUCGACGUGAGUGUACAAUAUUUCGAAAAAUAUUCUCAAUUAUUAUGUUUUUCAGAAAUUGUGGUAUGUGUGGCGGUUUGAGUCGGAUGAAACAUUUCGCAGAAAACUCAUCGAUUUGUCGACAGAUUAUAUUAUUUCAGUUGAUUUGCUGAAAAUAAUUGCGCCCAUGUACAAUGAACAAUUGUACGAUGACGUCAAUUUUUGGUUGGACAAGUUGAGUUCGGAGACUAAUUCGUCUAAAAUUGUUGAUGUGAGUUUAAAAAUUACCUUUUUAUAAUUUUGAUCAAAACUUGUUUUUUUUUAAGGAAAUUCGGGCUUUACGAAGAGAGAAAAGAGAGGAGAAGCAGAAAAAUGAGAAAAAGCCGAAAAAGGAGAAAAGAAAGUGAGUGAAAUCACUUCCACUAUUCAAUCGUCUUUGGGCCAUGAUCAAUUUAUUUGCUCUUUAAUAUUUUUUUCGUCUUUUUAAUAAAACUUGGUCGCUUUUCAAAAAAGAUUUAAAAAUUAAUUAUUUUGCAAUAAAAAAAACUUACACUUUUCCACUACAAAAAAAAACAAAGAAUUCGAUGUUCAAACAUAGUUAACUCGAAAUCGAUCGAAUUCCGCAUCACAGUCCUCAAGAACUUGAAAUUUUCAUAUUUUUCUUCAAAAUCUCCAUCGUCUCCUUCAUAAGAAUUCUGAUCACCGCGAUUUCCAACAUAAUUUUCGCAAAAAUAAAACAACACAAUAUUUUGUCAUCGUUUCACCAUCACAAAAUGAUGCAAGUGUCCAUUUUAAUCUAUCUGCAACAGAAAAUAAACUUAGAAAGCUAUUUCUCGAAAAAAAACAGAAAAAAAAAACUGGCCAGUUUCCGCAAAAACCACAAAAAAAAAGCAUUUUCAAACCUCCCCCUUUGCACAACAAAUACGCCAGCGCGCACAACACUGACGCGCACCACAAACACGCCAACACACAUUUUGCAUUUUUAUUUCGCGUUUUGCAGUUUUUGCAGCGAAAAACCCGAUUUCCAGCCAAAAAUUUCAAAUUUUCAGCAAAAUGCCGACUGUGGGAAUCAAAAAGCUCCUUUUGGACAAACAUUUCAACCGAAUUUAUUGUAGGUUUUGAGGGAAAACAAAUAUUUUCUCAAAAAACAAUUUUUUUCAGCUGAAAAGGAAUUCGAUGAGUUGUGCUUUGAAUAUGGUUUAGAGUUGGACGAAAUCGUGAGUUUCCUGGGCCUUUGUGAAGAAAAAUAUGUUUUUAAAACAAUUUCAGACCUCGGAAAAGGCUGCGGUUGAAAAAGAGCGGGGAACAAACGCUGCCACGGAUCUCAACGACCAAGAAGUCUAUAAAAUCGAUAUCCCCGCAAAUCGCUAUGAUUUGCUAAGUGUAGAAGGGUUAUCCCGAGCGAUUCGUAUCUUCAAGCAAGAAAUCCCACCUCCAAAAUACACUUUCGCGCCAAUUCCAAAAUCUGGCUUGCAAAAAAUCAUUGUGAAAAAGGAGACAGCAACAAUUCGCUCAUUUGUAGUUGGCGCAGUUUUGCGAAAUAUUCAAUUUGACGCGGAUAAUUUUGCGAGUUUCAUCGAUUUGCAAGACAAACUUCAUCAAAAUAUUUGCCGAAAACGAACAUUGGUUGCGAUUGGAACGCAUGAUUUGGAUACUAUUCAAGGACCUUUUGAAUAUCGCGCGGAAGCUCCGAAAGAUAUCAAAUUCAGGCCUUUGAAUCAAACAAAAGGAUAUACAGCUGAAGAAUUAAUGACACUUUAUUCAAGUGAUUCACAUUUGAAGGCGUAUCUUCCAAUCAUUCAAAAUCAUCCGAAAUAUCCAGUUAUUUAUGAUUCAAAAGGAAUUGUUUGUUCGAUGCCACCAAUUAUUAAUGGAGAACACUCGAAAAUCACUUUGAAUACCAAAAAUGUUUUAAUUGAGGCCACCGCCACUGAUAAACAGAAGGCAUUUGUUGUUUUGGACACGAUUGUUACACUUUUCUCGCAAUAUUGUGCGAAACCUUUUGAAGUUGAACAAGUUGAAGUUGUUUAUGAGGAAAGUGGGGAAAAGGAAUUGUAUCCGGUGAGUUUUCAAAGGGUUUUUCUGCUUAGAAAGUGUAUUUAUUGGCUGAAAAUGUGAAAAUUUAGUUGAAAAAUGAAGAAAAUAUGAAAUUUCUAUGUGCCUUCAAAUUUUUAAAACUGUUUCUACUGCCGAAAAUUUGAAAUUUAAAAUUUUUGGGGCGAAAUUUGAAUGUUUCAAAUUAUUAAUUUUGCCACCAAAAUCUGGAUUUUCAUCGCGAAAUGUGAGGGCUGAUUCACGAAGGAAAAAAUGUUGAAAAAUGGUUUUUUAAAAGAUCAAUUCACGAAAAGUCAAAAAAUAUCGAAAAAACAACUAGUAUUUCGAGUUUUUCAGCCAAAAAUGAUGAAAAAUCGAUAUUUUCAAGCUUCUGGAAUGAUUUCUGAUGAAAAUAAGCUUCGAGAAUCCUAUUUUGCUUUAUUUUUUUAUUUUUUUUUCGAAAUUCAUCACGAAAAUUCAGCAAAACCUUCUGGAAAGUGAAUUCCAAGGUCAAUUUUCAUCAAAAACUACUCCAGAAGCUUGA